GUCGGACGAGAUAUCAUAUGAACUUAGUUAUUUUAGAUAGAGUGAAGUAUGCAGUGUUAGAAAAUUAUAUAUUUCAAAAGACUAGAGUCGUUAAUUAAAUAUUGGUAUACAAAAUCGAAACAAUUCACGUAGUCCAAAAUAAUUUUGUAAAUAUAACCUAGAAAAACCACUGUGAGAUAACGCUGAAUAUUAAUUAAUUAUUGUGAAUUUGUAAGAAAGAAAGUACCAACUAUCACUUCUUUCUUUCUCUGUCCUUAUUCUUAAAUUUCUAGCGCUUUAUUUAAAAUUUACACUCAUGCCAUAGUAGCGCCUCCAUAACGUAAAGAAUUUGAUGUACACUUUCUGUAGCACAGAGAUGGUUCUCCUUACAUCUACCCUCCAUAGAAAUUAAAAGGAACACUUGACAGCUCUUUCUUUGUGUCUCAUUCUAAUAUCUGUCUCGAAAUUUAGUCUGAUAUUACUUUAUCUAUGUUUCGUUCUGUGACAUAUUUAAAAUUAAUUGAACUUCAUACUUGUCAUUAUAUGACAAUUCGUAAACAAACAAAAUUUGUCAAACAACAUAACCAAAUAGGAGAAACGGAGGAAACAAUAAUAUCAAAAUGAAUGUAAAAGAUAAAUCUAUAGCUGGGCCCAAAAUGAAUUCAACAAGUUUAUAUGUUACCACUACGCAAAUAAUAUUGAAAGCAGAUCCAAAAAAUUCAAAUUCAUGGCAAGAUCUUUAUAGACUGAUACCAUAUUUACGAAAUUCUUUGUGUUGUGUAGUUUGUUCAAAUUUAUUAGUAAAUCCAUAUUCGCCAACAAUAGCGCAGUGUCAGCAUCACAUAUGUAAACUAUGUAAAGGGGGUCGAAAAAAAAUUAAACCUGCUUGCGAGGGCUGCAGAGACUGUGUAGAUUAUUCAGAAAAUAAAAGGUUACGGAUAUUAUUACAAUGUUACAAAAAAAUGUGUAGUUCUUUAAUAAGUUCGCCUUUACUAAAAUGCAUUUCAAUGCAGGAGUCAGAACUGGGUACAGGCUUUGAAAGGGGGGCAAGUAAUUUAUUAUCAUUAAUAAAAGAGGGAGCUCUUUUUGAAGAUGAUUAUAAAAGUAAUGGAGGUUUACCAAAAUCCACAUAUUCAAUACUACCAUGCAUUUAUACUAAUACACAAAGUAAACCAAACAAUGAAAAAGCUAUUGUUCUAACUCCAAACAUACAAAGAUCUUCAUUUUACUCUGUUUUAUAUCCUGGAAAUGGAAGUAAAAUUACCCUUAAAAGAAAAACAAAAGAAGCAAGUGGAACUGUAUCCAAAGCUCUUGUCACAAAUAGUAGACCAAAAGAGCUUUCAGAAAAGACUUUAUUCAAAAAACCAUGCACAGUAAAACCCAAAAAAGGCUGUAGAUGUGGAAAUGCAACAGCCACUCCAGGAAAGUUGACAUGUUGUGGACAAAGAUGUCCUUGUUAUGUAGAUAGUAAACCAUGUAUAGAAUGUAAAUGUAGGGGGUGCAGAAAUCCUCAUAUUAAAGAAGGUCAAAAAAUGAUACCACAUAUUCCUGAUAUUCAAAUCCAGCUUCCAACAGUAACAACGACCACUACCCUUUCAAAUCAACCCCAGGUAUCUUCAUCAAAAAUAUCAAAUAUUAAAAUAGAAGACAUUGAUUUGGACGAACAAUUUGGAAGUUUUGGUAGAAUAGGCGUAGCUGAACACUUCAAAUCAUUUGACUUUGUAGGUGGUUAUAAUGUCCCAUUAUCAGCAGACAUUUUACCAGUAGUAUGUAAUGAAGAUAAUGCUGAAAUGAACAUUAUGUGACAGAUGGACAUGAACAGUUCUAGAUGUAAAUUUUAAUUUACCAUAGUUCCUAAAAAGAGUUACAAAAGGUUGUUCUGAAUCAGGAACUUCUUGCCCAAAUUUAUUUUUUAUCUUUGCACAAAAAUUUACUUAUAGAUUAUAUUAAUCUAUAUGUAUUAUGGUGAUAUUUUAUAAAAUUAGGUUUAAUACUGAAGUCGUCUACAAUUUUACUUUGAAUAUGAUCAUAUUGAACUACGAAAACUUGAAAAUUUAUACCUAGUAAAAGUAGAAACGGCAUUUUAGAUUGAUAAAUAUUUUUUUUACAAUGUAAAUAGUCAAUAGUUAUUUGAAUAUGUGUAUAUAACAUUUGUUUGUAGGCAGUAAACAAAACCUUUUUGCAAUACCAAAUAAAUUAAUUUAUAAUAAGCAUCUACUGUACUACUCACAAAGCUGAUCGAAUGAGAGAGUGUAGAGACACACUUCACUUUGCUUCGUGAGUGCUGCCUCGCCUCGCUCAACUUCCGAUCAUUGUCUGUUUUUUCCCUUGAGUGGAAGGGCUCAAAAUUUAAGUGUAAUAAGUUCCUCACGACGUACUAGUGGAGAUGCACUUCAAACUUCAGUUAACUUCGUAAAAACGAGUAAUGUAGUGGAGCCAUUAAAUAUUAUAAAUCACUGACAUCAGCCAGUUCUCAGAACUGUCAGUUAACUUAAUAUACUCAACAUUUUUACAUGGCAGCUAUACUUAAUAUUUAAAAACAUUAUUCAAAGUUGCAAAACUAAAUAUUGAAUCUUCAUUAUUCAUUAUUAACGACAAAAAGUAAAAUAAAAAUACAUCUGAUCUUACAAAUGAAGCUCUUCCACAGUUCAAGACAACUUUUGUAGUUUGAUCGAAUUUCAUGAUCCAGGUGCAUAUCCAAAUUUGAAAAUAUCUCAAUAAUCUUCCUGGUUGUUCAUUUUCAGUCAAUUACGUAUAAGAAUUGUCACAUUUUUUUGAUGAUUGUCAAUUUUGUUUCAAUAUUCUGUUUAUGAUUAGAUUGGUAUAGGGUACUUGCAUUUUUUAGAAAGUAUUCAUGUUUUUGUUUAUUUUAUAAGUUUAAUGUGAAAUAAUAUCAAAAAGUGAAAUAUUUAAUUAAAAGUGAAAAAAUAAUAUUUGAACAUUUAAUUGAAAAUCGCAUAAAUUUGAAAUUUUUAACUACAUAAGAAAACGAUUUUCAUUGAAUUUCUGUUGUGACGUCGUAGGUUUAAUAAGAACAUUGAGCAGUUGUCUGUUUGGUGAUCUCGAGGUUAUCGUUGCCGGCAAUGUAGUGUAUGCUGUUAUAAUUCAGUUUUUAUUUAUUAGUUAAGUAUAAAUAAAACAUUUUUCUAUAUAUAAGAAUAAAAUGAAUAAACUUUUUAUAGGUUAAGUUCUUACAUUAUUACAUUAACACGUUAGAAAUUAAAUGCAAUUACUAUAAAACAUUAAAAUUUGAAUCUUACAUUAAAAUGAUCUUAGCAACAAAAAUAAUUACAUCUCGCAGGAUCGUCAAAACGAUCAACACUAUCAAACCAUUUUUGUUGUAUAUUGGAAUUUCAUGGAAUCAUAAAAAACCUAUUCGUGGUUUUUUUACAUCCUGACACAAAACACGAUUUAUAUACCAUUUUUCAGGUUAAUCAAAGUUUAAUAAUAACUCUUAUUUUAGAAUAACCGAGAGAAUAACUGUCGUAUAACUUUGUAUCAUUAUGUUCAGUGUUUAUUUUAUACCUAGGACGUCACGCAAUAUAUCAACCUUACUGCAAUGUUUAAACUACUUACAAAAUUUUUAAUUUUCAACAUUGUCAAUAAACUAUAUGAUAAAUUUCUAUCUAUGGAUUUCUUAAUCAUUUCACUUUUAUAAAAUUCUGUGACUUUUUGUAAUAUUUCCUUCAAAGCUGGAUUUAGAGCAAAGAUCUAAUCUGAAAGGUAGAAUGUUACCUUUACGUUAAGUUUUGUAUAAGUUUCCUUAAGAUUAAAAGUAACACAUCACUCAAUGAGUCUUGUGACUAACUAAGAAAAACACAUUUUUUGUCAAAAAUCGAUUUUAUUCAUCAGUGUAAAAUCCUAAAAAACAAUACAAUUGUACCAACACUUCUCUAUCUUUUCGAUGCCGUGUUUGUUUGAGGGAUUUAUCUUUUGUCUUUUGCCCCCAAAUAGGCAAUGGUUUCUUCAUUUGGGCUUAAUUUCUUAUCGGCGAGCAUUUUUUGACUUCAGCCAGUAGUCACUGGGAGCCAGAUCUGGACUAUAUGGUGGAUGAAGAAGCGAUUCGAAGUAAAUUCGUUCAAUUUCACCAUCGUUGCCAUCGACUUGUAAAUCGGUGCAUUGUCUUGUAUUUUUCUUCGACAUAUGAGGCCGUUUUCCCUUGAUUUUUGCAUUCGACAAAUCCAACAACUCUGUAUUACUCGCUUAUUCAUUGUCUCUUCCUAGUCGAUGAACAAAAUUCCAAGCGCAUCCCAAAAUACUGAAGCCAUAACCUUCCCAGCUGACUGUUGUGCCUUUAGAUACUUUGAACGUGAUUCACCAGCUGCAGUCCACUCACAUGAUAAUCGUUUUGAUUCCGGAGUGAAGUGAUGGAUCAAUGUUUCAUCCAUUGUCACAUAUCGACGCAAAAAAUCUGAUUUAUUACUCGUAAACAUGCCAAUAACUGCGCUAACAUCAUCAACAUGUUGUUUUUGAUCCAAUGUGAGUGAACGCGGCAUCCACUUUGAAAAAAGCUUUCUUAUGGUCAAAUGUACAUGCAUAAUUGUGAACACACUGCAUUCUGACUUGUUUAGGGCCUAAGCUAUCUUACGCAAUUCCAAUUUACGAUUAGAUAUAACCAAUUUGUGAACUUUUUUGAUGUUUUCUGGAGUAACCACCUCAAUUGAAAGACCAGAACGUUCACCAUCAUCGGUGUCUAGAAGACCACGUUUGAAUUCAGCAAAUCAAUAUAAAAUUAUUCUUUUCGAUAGAGCAAAAUUCGGAUAACACUUUUGAACCCAUUGCUGAACUUGUACAGUAUUUUUUUUCAUCAAAAAGCAAUAAUAAAUUAACACACGAAAUUGUUUUGAAAAUAACAGAAGUAGCUUCACUGUAAUAGCUGUCAAUUUUUUCUGACUAAUCGAAAUGUGAAAUUCCACACUUAGUCUUUUAAAUGUUGGUACUUCAUAAACGUCAUAUGGAUUUGACAAUGGCAGCGCCAUCUGUGUGUCAUUCAUACGACUUAUUGAGUGAUGUAUACCAUAAUAAGUCUGAUUUUUAAUGAUAAUUGGUAUACAAAUGAAGGGUCAAAAAUAUUAUUGCCAUUUAGAAAUUACUUCCUGACUGAAGAUACUAAUGUAUUUUGUACUUACAUAUUAUUAUGUGUUAUGAAUACACCACUUUCUCAAAAUUUUAAUUCUAUUCUGUAAUUGCAUCGUGUAAUGCAUUUCUAAAGAAAAAUGUGCCUUAAUAACAUAUAAUACUGUCCAUAUAGUUCUCUUUAAUGUUAGUCACUAUUUCGUCUUCCUUCUUAAUAACUGCAAACACUCGAUUUUUAUUUGUACACGGAGAUUUUAGAUUGUUUCAUAAAUCUCGCUUAUGUAUUCAUAUCACAAUUGUUUAUGUAAGUAUAUAAUUUACUCAUACCGAAGAUUUAUAAAUGCCUAUACUAUAACAAAAUCUGCAGAUACAUAUUUAUCACUUUAAAAAUUAUUAUUUCUGAAUAUAAUUGGUAUUAGUAAAUCAGUAAUAAACCAACACAACCGGUCAAAAGUUUUUGCCUACCCACAUUAUUUCGUUGCACAAUUUCGGCAUUCUCUGUACCAAUUUAGACAGAUAAUAGUCGUCUAUUUGGUUCCCUUUGCUUUUCAGGAUAUUCCAAAAAUGUGGACUGGAAAUGAAGUAGGACACUGUUUUCUGACAUCCCAGACCAAUUUGUCCACAAAAAUUCAAACAGGGUUGAGGGAGGGCGACUGUGAUGGCCAAAUCAUUACUUCCAGUACAUUAUUCCUUUCCAAUUUUUUCAAAUACUCUUUACACAGCUGCGAGGAAUGCUUGGGAUCAUUGUAAUUCUGAAAGAUACAUUUUUUGCCAAUAAGGCGCUGGCCAGAACGUACUACAUUUUCCUUCAAUUUUUUUUCAUAGCAUUCUUUCGCAUUUCCUCCAAAACAUCCACAAACCAUUACGGAACGUCCGCCAUAUUUUUCAGUCGGAUUUACAUAUAGAUCUGACAUUCGUUUUUCCUUUGACCUGCGCACAAACACUCAGACUCAAAAACCUCAAAUUUUGACUAAUCACUCCAUAAAAAUCGCUCCCACUUUUCCUGCAUCCAAUUUUUGUGUUAUUUAACCUGCUGCAACCAUUUUAUUUUGACUUGAAAUAAUUUUCUUCACUGACACUAUUUCAAAAGGUUCAGCAUCUCUCAAUCUCAUUUUCACUGUAGAAGUACUCAAAGGCAGAUCCCUAGAUUCCUUGAUCUAAGCUGCUAUCUCUGACCCGUGAGUCAUUAAUCAUGUUUUUCUGAUCGAUACAAUACACCUGCUGUGUUUUUCGAGUCCGCCUGAACGUUUUCUAUCGUCAAAGCUCCUGUUGUCUUCCACGGUAUGUCGAUGUAUUUUUAAUUUGACGGCAAUGGUACGGUUACUUUUUCCUAAACUAUGAAGACUUGCGACUAAUGCACAAGUUUCAACUGAUAAUUUGUUGAUUUCACCUUGUUUUACAACUAACAUGUCUGAAGUUGCGAGAACAAAAGCAAUCCGUACAAGAACUUCACAAAAAGAUGUCAUGGUCCAAAAAGUAUAAAUCACAGCACGUUCUUGUGUCUCGCAGAGCCAAAUGAGACUAAACUACAAUCAUAAACACCGAAAAAAUAAUUCACAGUUGAAGAAUAAUAAACAAAUCUUCCGACAAAAUAUAAAAAUGCAACCGUAUAAAGUAAACAAAUAACGGACACUAUUAUUUUUUGUUUGUUUCGACCUUCGCUUGACAAUAUGAGAGAGAAAUUUGUUGAAGUGUAUUUUUUUCAAAUUAAAUGAGUGGAUUAUGGGGUGGCAGAAACUUUUCACCUUUAGUGUAUAUGAAUGUUAUGGUUGAUCUGCAGAAGAUACAAUAUCACCAUUACCUUUCAUUUUAACAUUUCAAAUAAUUUCAUCAGUUCUAUUUGAAAGUAAUGAAUUAAUUAUUAUCAAUAAUCUGAUGUAGAUAUAUAUGGAUCAAGAUAAAAUUGACAUUCUUUAGUCAAUAAAUUUUUUACAAAAUAAAAUUCAGACUUUUAUAAUUCUGAGGUGUGUGUAAACAGUUCAAAUCAUUAUACGUUGUAGAAUCAUAAAUGCUGUUUUUGGAAAAAAGACAAAUUAUAAAUACUGAAUACUCUGUUUACUACAUACUACAAUAUAAUCUCUGAAGGUAGACUCUCAUCCUCAGAUGAUUACUUGGGUAAAGAAACACGCGAUAGUAUUGUGAGUAAUGUAGUGGUAGUAAACAAGAACAAGAUCUGAAUGAUUAUCAUCAACGGUUCCAGAUAUUUCUAAAUUCUAAAUGUACUGUGUUAGUGAUGAAUAGUGUUUAUAUGAAUAUGAAACACACUGUAUUUUACUUUGGCAAAUGGAAUAAAAGAGUUUCGUAAGUG